AAUUUAAGUGAUACACCUCUCGAAAUUGAUGGUCAGGAAGCGGAUGAUAUUUUUAAUCCUGGCGGAUUUGAUAUGGAGUUAAAAAAUGACGACGAAGAAGAUCAAAUUGACAUGUCAUUAGACACACAGAUUACUCCAAUUUUGAAACCUGUAUCACCAUCUCCGGUGCCUUCACCGUACCCAACACUUUCAGGUGGAAAAUCCGGAAUUCCGACCGGACUACCAAAAACUGCUUUCAGUCCACAUUUUGGUCCGUCUCCUCUUUCACCUACCUCAUCUAGAGCUUCAUCUGUUGCUGAUCCAGAUGAAUAUGAGACAAUGUCAAAUGGUUCAUAUACUUCGGUUCGUUCAGCAGGAAGUGCAAAAUCUGGAACUUCUGGAAUACGGAGACCGUCAAAUACUUCAGGACUUCGUGCUCCCAGUCGAGCAGGUUCUCAUACUACAUCUCCUUCAAGGAUGGUUCUUCCUACUAGGGUUGAUUCUCAUACAUCAAUUCCAUCCCCAGGGAGACAAAGAUCAUUGAGUGUUGUCAGUAAUAGUUCCACUGAAGAGAGCACUACUUCGUCAGUGGAUGCCGUAUCUCCUUCACGGAUUGCCUCUCCGACUCGUGGGGUCCGCAUAUAUAGUCCUAUGUCACAGGCUAUAACAGGUGGUGGUACUCGUCCAAGAUCUAUAAGUCGAAUAAGCAAUAGUUCUGCUGAAUCAUUUACUACUAAUGCCUCAACCUCUGGUGUACGUUCAUUAAAUAAAGCUGGCUCGAAUAUUGCCACUCCUAAAAUUUCAAAUAUAAAUUCGGGCAUUCCGAAUCGUGUUCGUAAUAAUAAUACGGAAAAGAAUGUAUCUAUAGCACGUCCUGUUUCACAAUUACAAUCUCCCUCUUCGUCUAGUUCAACCG